AGUUGGCCUCUUUCCGGCCGAGCGCUGAAUGCUUUGUUUUGACGUUUUGAUACAAAUGGUUUGAGUUGCGUUUCCCAUUCCUCUGCAACGUUUUGACAGGAAGGUUUCGUGUUUUGCAGCAACCGGGAAGCUGGAAAGGUGUGAGAGCUAAGCCGGUCACAUUUGGGCGCGAUACAUAACCUAGUGAAAAUGGCUUCAGGGCCAAGUGAGGAAAAUCCUACUCAAUCUCAAAUCGCUCAGAAGACAUGGGAACUAUCCAACAACAUUGAGACCAUAUCAUCCACAGAUGAAAUUUAUCGGUAUGACCGGAAACAACAACAAGAUAUACUUGCUGCAAAGCCUUGGGAAAAAGACCCACAUUUUUUUAAGGAAAUGAAGAUUUCUGCUCUGGCAUUGUUAAAGAUGGUAAUGCAUGCUCGAUCUGGUGGCACCCUUGAAGUGAUGGGAUUACUUCUAGGGAAAGUUGAUGCAAACACCAUGAUAGUCAUGGACUCGUUUGCAUUACCUGUGGAGGGUACUGAAACAAGAGUUAAUGCUCAGGCCCAAGCUUAUGAGUACAUGACUGCAUAUAUAGAGUCUGCUAAAACGGUUGGACGACUUGAAAAUGCUAUUGGCUGGUAUCACUCACAUCCAGGCUAUGGCUGUUGGCUCUCUGGAAUAGAUGUCUCCACUCAAAUGCUUAAUCAAAAUUUCCAAGAGCCGUUUGUUGCCAUUGUCAUUGAUCCUGUGCGCACAAUUUCUGCUGGCAAAGUUUGUCUAGGUGCUUUCAGAACAUACCCUAAGGGAUUUAAACCAGCAAAUGAGGAGCCUUCAGAAUAUCAAACUAUACCCUUGAACAAAAUCGAGGACUUUGGUGUGCACUGCAAGCAGUACUAUUCCCUAGAGGUGUCAUAUUUCAAAUCUGCUCUUGAUCGAAGGCUUUUGGAUUCACUUUGGAAUAAGUACUGGGUCAACACCCUUGGAUCUAGCUCAUUGAUCACAAAUGCUGACUACACUACUGGACAGAUUCUGGACUUAUCAGACAAGCUAGAACAGUCAGCUGCACUUGGCCGCAUUGGUCAUUGGAUGCAAGAUCCCCAUGAGAAGCGCUGUGAAGACAAGCUAAUGAAAGUAACUCGUGACAGCAACAAGACAACAAUAGAAAUCAUUCACGGUCUAAUGGCUCAAACUAUUAAGGAUAGAUUAUUCAAUCAUGUUGCACCUGGUCCUAGUGGUUCAAAUAACUAGUGACAAUUAAACAAACCUUUUCCUUCCAUCAAUAUUUUGAUGUGUAAAUUUAUGAUCUUCGUAAAUUUGCUGUAAAUGAGUAAUUGUUUGUUAUUAAGUUACAUUGGGCUCU